AUGGUGGCUAUCAGGUCGGAGGUGGAUGUACUAAAUGUGACUGUGACUGACAGGGAGGGCUCGCUGUCAACAUACAAUGACGAUGUGGUUUCACUCAAACAUAAAGUGGACAAGCUUCCGGCCCAACUUGUUACUCUUGACAGUAAGUGUGAAGCGAGGUCUCACCAUAACAACAUUUGGAUAAUAGGACUGCCUGAGGAACAUGGCACGGUUUCCACUCUGCUUAAAGACGCUUUCGGCUCAGGAAAAGAGCCAGUUGUGGACCGUGUGCAUCGAUCCCUACAACCUAAGCCGAAACCCGGCGACUGUCCUCAUCCCAUAAUGGCACCCAAAGCCCGAGCUGCCUUCAAUGACAUCCGACGCCAGCUCAGGGAUAUACCGGACAUAAAUCUAGUCCUGGUGCAGUCCUGGUUCAGUCCUGAUCCUGGUCCUGGUCCUGGUCCUGGUGCAGUCCUGGUCCUGGUGCAGUCCUGUCUAGUCCUGGUGCCGUCCUGGUCCUGGUCCUGGUGCAGUCCUGGUCCUGAUGCAGUCCUGGUCCUGAUGAGGUCCUUUCUGUCCAGCAGGGGGCAGCAGAGCAGCAGAGGAGGCGACGAGGAGAACCGAGGAGGAGAACGGAGGAGGCUGCCCAGACUGAAGAUCCCUCGAAAGAUCUGGAAGAACCGCAAACAGAAGAACCACAAUCAGCAGCAGGAGGAGGAGCAGGAGGAGCAUGAGGAGGAGCAGGAGGAGCAGGAGGAGGAGCAGCUGGAGGAGAUCAGCAGGAGGCUCAUCAUCAGGGAGGAGCAGCUGUUCAGUCAGUCAGAGCAGGAGCAGCAGGAGGAGGAGCAGGAGGAGCAGCAGGAGGAGCAGGAGGAGGAGCAGGAGCAGGAGGAGGACGAGCUGCAGAGAGAGCUGGAGGCUCUGCGGCUGCAGAUACUAAUGACUGUCCACAACACCUUCACCUCCUCCUCCUCCUCCUCCUCCUCCUGCUCCUCCUCCUCGGGGGAGGUGGGGGCCCUGCGGAGCGCCGUGGCCUCCAUCCAGCAGCAGGAGGCGCAGGACCGGCGGUGGGCCGGCGCUGCUGGGGGGGGCCGGCGGGUCCCAGCGUGGCGGCCGCUGAAGUGUCUCAGCAGUCACAACGAGCUGCUGAGUAACAUGGUGGAGUCCAGACUGAAGGAGGCUGCAGAGGAGGAGGCAGGAGGAGCAGGAGGAGCAGUAGGAGCAGGAGGAGCAGGAGGAGCACACCAGCUCUCCUCACCUGUGAAGAGGGAGGUGUGUCGGUUGGGGAAGCGUGUGAAGGAGGACCUGCUGACGGUGGUGAGGACGGUGGUGGACUGUUACCCUCCUCACAUGGACGUCCUGAACGUCUACGCCGGACUCUACCAGCAGAGGUUCUCCACCCGGAUCACUCAGCUGGCAGCACCGGGCCUCCAGAACCAGGACUGCUCCUACCUGCUGUACUGGGUCAACCACUGCUACCCACUUGAAGUGUUGAAGCAUGAAGAGCUGGACGGGAAGAUAAAGACGGCCUGUCUGGGUUCUCUGCUGCUGCAGGAGAACCGGACCCAGCUGGAGGACCAGUACCUGACCCACACAGAGGACAAAGUGAAGUCGUGUCUCAGCACCGCGCUGAAGAAAGAAGAGGAGAACUGGCUGAGCGGGAAGACACCUGAGCUCCUAGACCACUACUACUUCAGUCCUCUGGCUGUCGACGUCAUACAGGUUAUAGACGGAUUCCUGACUGAGUUCAGGUGUGUGAUUGGAGAGCAGAGCAAAGCUGAGCGAAUCACAGCUCACCUGGAGGACUUCCUCAGCAGCUACAAGACGUCUAUGGAGGACUUUGUGAAGGGUAACCAUGGUAACGUGCGUUCGGUGAUGAAGGCUCACCUGGCCUGUGAGGAGCAGUUCAGGGAUUACAUCACAGGAACAGGAAGUGUGUCGGAGCCACAGAGACGCCGCUGUCUGGACACUCUGGCUGCCCUGAAGGAUUGUGGGUACAGGUGUCUCACCUGUCCCAGCCAACUGAAGGUGUGUUGCAGUCAGCUGUGGACGUCUGGUUGGUUGGACGGGUCACUUCCUGUCGUUGACUCUCUGCUCGACUCUCUGAACCAACAGCUGAGUGACCUCACUCACCUCAAACCAGCCUGCAGACGGGCCGUGCUGUCUGUCCUCCAUCAGGAUGUGUGUCUUCAGUAUGUGAAGAGGAUGAUGAAGACGAGGAAGAAGAGCAGAGAGCAGCAGCUGGAUGGAGCUCAGCGGAUGAUUGAAGACGCUCAAAAGAUCAACGACUUCUUCACUGAGGGGGUGAGACACGACUCGGCGUGGCUCUGUUCGAUGUUCUGCACCAUCGCUGAAAUUCUGCGUCUACAAGAUCCUGGAAGUGUCCAACUGGAGAUGGUCUGUCUGAGCAGGACGUUCCCCGACCUCAGCGACGCUCACGUGUCGGCUCUCCUCUCUCUGAAAACCGGCCUAUCAGCUGCUGACGUUCGCUCCAUCAGGCGCAGCGUGGAGGAGAACCGCCCCCUCAACGCCUCGUCCAAUCACAGCCCGCCGUUCUUCUCCAUGGUCAAAGUCAAAUGGAUCAAUAACAAGAUCAAUCAGAUGGGGCUGAAGGCCUGA